GCCGGCGUUGCGAGAUGGACGUGCUUUGCGUCGACGGUGCCGCGAAGCGCAUCCAUCGCACGGUCUCGCUGCCGCCCGAGACGCUAGGUACCAUUCGGACAGUCGGUGACGUUGCGCAACACCUCGAAGCGUCUCUGAGCCUUGGCUCCGGCACGUUGUCGGCGCUCAAGCUGUAUGGUCAGAGCUUGCACGCGACCGAGUCGCUGCACCCGUACCUCCCGGCCCUUCGCACGAGCAGCCCGCGCUGGGUGUUUGUGUUUGCUUCGUCGCCAGCGUCCUUGACGCUUUUCGUUGCGCUUCCAACGGGCCACUUGAGUCUCCAGGCGCAUCCGGACGAGACGAUCGCAGCGCUCAAGGCCCGGAUCCGCGCGGUCUCCCGCUGCCCGUUUCAGCGCCUGACGCUGCGCCGCCGCACGCUCUUGGACCUGCGCACGGUCGGCAGCUAUGAUCUGUGCAACGACAUGACGCUGGUGGCCGAGCUCUCGUUGCGCGGUGGCGGCGCCGCGGCCGAGUUUGUCGACGUGUCCAACGAGGCGCUGUGCAGCGCGCUGCUGCAGAGCCCGUCGGCGCCGGCGUGGCGGCGCUUUUGCACGGGCUUGAACGUCCAUGGCGUCUGUACCAACACGACGUGCGUGGCGAACCGCGAGUGGGUCAUUGUGCCUCGAAAGUUUGCGCCGUUCAACUUGCUCCAGCACCAAGUGGCGUGCCCGAUGUGCGCCUCGUGGGUCGUGCCCCGCAGUGUAGGCUUCUUUAAGUGCCUCUGGCGCUUUGAAGGCGUGCAGCAUCCAUCGCGCAUGCAUUUGAGCAGUCCGUGGGCAGUCGUUGAUGGCGACGAGUAUGUCGCGUUUGACGAGAAGAGUCGGCGGGUGCCCUGGCUCAGCCUUGUCUUUUCCGUGCGACGCAACGACGGCAGUGACGAGUGCGCCGUGUGCUGCGAAGCUCUGUGCGCGGGACCCACGGAACGCGUCCAGCCCUGUCGCCACGAGAUCCACACGGCGUGUCUGGCGGAAUGGAAGGCGUCCUGCACCCGCCGGGAAGCGGUUGUUAACUGCCCCACGUGCCGCGCCGUGCUCUAGGGCGACGAUUUAUGGAUGUGAACAAGUUGCCUGCUUGCAGCUGGACUUGAAACCGAGCAUGUGACUAGCCGUCUAAAGUCGAGAACCUGUUGUGUGCAUACUUUGUCCAACUUGAAUCAAGUCGUUUUCCCGUUAUUGGCAGCACCGCG